CGCUCUACAAUCGGCAAUUUGAUUAGUCGUCCUGGGAAGCUAGGGAAAUGAAAGCUAACACGUGGAAAUAGUGAUUUUACAGUAUUUUGCUUUUACUCCAGGCUUUUUUUAACCCGUGCCUUGUCAACAGCGACUUUGAAUAUUAAAUAAUAAUCUGAAGGUGUUGGUUUCCUCUCAGCUGAGCGGUGAGCUGGUUUAAUCUGCUUUAUCAUGGCGGACAACGUAGUAGAAGAUGAUUCAAUGUGCAGAAUUAAAGAGGAUGACUAUGUUGUGUUGAAACGGGGAGAUAUCUUCAAAGCUGUGCAGAUUCAACCCAAGAAGAAGGUGAUCUUUGAGAAGCAGUGGUUCUUCCUGGAGAACGCUGUUGGGCAGCUGUACAGCACCACCUUUGAGAUUGUGUCUGGAGUCCUGCAGCCCAGGAAGCCCAAAGACACACAGAGCUCCACAGAUGCAAAGGAGGCAGGCACAGACAACAGAAACAUAGUAGAUGAUGGAAAAUCCCAGAAGCUGACCAGGGAUGACAUUGAGACGCUCAAAGAGCAAGGUCUGAAGGGUCAGGAAAUCAUUCAGCAGCUUAUAGAGAACAGCUCCACAUUCCGAGAUAAGACUGAAUAUGCCCAGGCUAAGUACAUCAAGAAGAAAAAGAAGAAGUAUGAAAACACCGUGACGAUUCUAAAACCAUCCUGCCGCAUCCUGGCUAUGAUGUACCACGGCCGAGAACCGGGGAAGAUCUGCCACCUGCGCUACGACACACUCGCCCAGAUAUUGACUCUGGCAAACAUCCACGCCGGCAGUAAAGUUUUGGUGUUUGAGACUUGUGCUGGCCUCGUGCUCGGGUCCAUCAUGGAGAGAAUGGGGGGCUUCGGUUCAGUGGUCCAAAUGUACCCAGGAGGUGGGCCCGUCCGGCAGGGUGUGGAGAGCUUUGGCUUCCCUGCACAUUUUCACGAUACGCUGCAUGAGUUCCCCAUCUGCCAUGUCAACGCUCUGCUGGCAGGCACUCUGGACACCAGUCCAGAUCCCAGUCCUGAUUCAAAGCAGUCCGACGUGGCUGUAAAGGAGGAGCAAAUCCACGAAACUCUCCAGCCCAAGGAAGAACCGCAGGACAGUAAAGAGGAACAGAGCAUGGAGACAAACAGUGGUGCUGAUGGUAGCCACGACCAGGAGAAAGAAGAGAAGGAGAAACGCAUGGAAGCCAAAGCUGAGGAAAAAAAGAAGAAGCAGGAGGAGAAACGAAAGAAGCUGGCAGCUGCUGCUGCCCUGCUGGAAGGCAGGAACGCCGACGGGUUGGUCAUAGCCAGCCGGUUUCACCCGUGUCCAGUCCUAAUGGGCCUGCUCAAGUUCCUCGCCCCCUCCAGGCCUUUCGUAGUCUACUCCCAACACAAAGAGCCUCUUAUUGAGUGCUACACUAAACUCAAGGAACAAGGCGGCACGGUCAACCUCCGACUCACAGACACCUGGCUCAGACAUUACCAGGUGUUGCCUAACAGGACACAUCCCAUGCUACUGAUGAGCGGGGGCGGAGGUUACGUCCUCUCAGGGACAACGGUUACCAUGAACCGCUCCAAAACAGCGGGUUCCCAGCAAUCUGACGAACCAGCGCCAAAGAGACUGAAAGUGACAAAAACUGAAGGAUAAAAACAAAUACAGAAGCAUCAAAUCUUUUUUAAGGGCACAUUACCGACAAGCCUGUAGGGAAUUUCCCUCCAGCAUCGACUUCUCUUUCCGCUGAACUGAUUUGACACAUCUGGAGUAAGAGAGACAGAGUGUCUGGUUUGCAUUCAUCAGAGCACUUUCUCCCGUCUUGUGAAUUCAGAUCAGCGCAGAGGGAGGCGUAAUGCUGGGGGAGUAAACUAUAAGCCAGUUUAGGCAGUAGGAGCUCAGUGUAUGUGUUAUGUAAGGAACUGCUGAAAUAAUCUCUUGUGCGUUGAGAGUAAUUUUACCAGGUGUAAAAAAACAUUUUUUUUCUCAGUUAAUGCUCUCCAGUUUCCAGGUUAUAACUUUUUUUAAUUUCGUUAUCCCUACAGAAAGUGCCAUUUGUUAUGAUCUAGUUGCUAAUGCAGCUUCACUGUGGGUUACAUCUGUAUCUGCGCAGCAUUAAAAAGCAGUACUAAAGAGA